UCCGCAGGGCCCAACUUCUCAGAACCUGGUCCACUCGCUGCCGCUCGCCGCAGCUCGGUUCUCUCGCCCCCGGCCGGUCCCGCUCGUCAGCAUGUCCUUCAUCCCGGUGGCCGCGGACUCGGACUUCCCCAUCCACAACCUGCCCUACGGCGUGUUCUCCACCGCUGGCAACCCAAGACCAAGGAUUGGCGUGGCCAUCGGCGACCAGAUCCUGGACCUCAGCGCCAUCAAGCACCUCUUCACUGGGCCUGUCCUCUCCCGGCACCAGGCCGUCUUCGAUGAGCCGACACUCAACAGCUUCAUGGGGCUGGGCCAGGCUGCCUGGAAGGAGGCGCGAGCAUCUUUGCAGGAGCUGCUCUCAGCUGGCCAGGCCCGGCUGCGGGAUGACCUGGAGCUCCGACGUCGGGCAUUCACGUCCCAGGCGAGUGCCACGAUGCACCUCCCAGCUACUAUCGGGGACUAUACGGACUUCUACUCCUCCCGGCAGCAUGCUGUCAACGUGGGCAUCAUGUUCAGAGGCAAGGAGAAUGCACUCAUGCCCAACUGGCUGCACCUGCCUGUGGGCUACCAUGGCCGUGCAUCCUCCGUGGUGGUGUCUGGAACACCGAUCCGCAGGCCCCUGGGGCAGAUGAGACCAGAUGAGUCCCAGCCCCCCGUGUACGGCCCCUGCAAACUCCUGGACAUUGAGCUGGAGAUGGCUUUCUUCGUCGGUCCUGGGAACAAAUUUGGGGAGCCCAUUCCCAUCUCUAAGGCUCAGGAGCACAUCUUUGGGAUGGUCCUCAUGAAUGACUGGAGCGCCCGGGACAUCCAGAAGUGGGAGUACGUGCCUCUGGGCCCCUUCCUCGGGAAGAGCUUUGGAACCACCAUCUCCCCAUGGGUGGUGCCCAUGGAAGCACUCAUGCCCUUCGCUAUUCCCAACCCGGAGCAGGAUCCCAGGCCCCUGCCCUAUCUGCGCCACGACCAGCCUUACACAUUCGACAUCAACCUCUCUGUCGCCGUGAAAGGGGAAGGGAUGAGCCAGCCCGUCACCAUCUGCAGGUCCAAUUUUAAGCACAUGUACUGGACGAUGCUGCAACAGCUGACCCACCACACCGUCAAUGGCUGUAACCUGCGGCCUGGGGACCUUUUGGCUUCAGGGACUAUCAGUGGGCCGGAGCCCGAGAGCUUUGGGUCCCUGCUGGAGCUGUCCUGGAGGGGCACAAAAACCAUCGACCUGGGCGGUGGACAGACCAGGAAGUUCCUGCUGGACGGGGAUGAGGUGAUUAUCACAGGCCACUGCCAAAGGAACGGCUACCGCAUCGGCUUUGGCCAGUGCACCGGGAAGGUGCUACCUGCCUUGUCUCCGGCAUGAUGCCCCUAUGCACUGUGGGGAAGCCCCGAGUACCCCAGAUCAAGCUCCCCACUGGUGACGAAUAAAGCAGGUGGCACGUACCAUCCUGGGACAUGC